AUGAGGUCGUCUCACACGGGCUUGCCCACGUCCCCCAAACCCCGCGCGCCCUGCCCUGCCGUGCUGCAGGUGGUGGUGCUGACUCACGCGUACGGCGACCGAGUGGGAGUGCGCUACCUCACCAACGGCCUCAAGGUCUACUACGCGCCGCGCCGCCCCGUGUGGCUGCAGGCGACACCCCCGUCGCCGCUGCCGUGUCUGUCGCUGCCUUUGUUCCGCGCCAUUGUGGAGCGCGAGCGCAUAGCCAUCGUGCACGCUCACCAGAGCUUCGCCCCCAUGUGCCACGACGCGCUGCUGCACGCCCCCACGCUCGCCCGCCGCGCCGUCUUCACCGACCACUCGCUGUGCGGCUUCGCUGACGCCGCCAGCAUCCACAUGAACAAGCUGCUGCAGUUCUCAACAGCCGGCAUCCACGCGGCCAUCUGUGUGUCGCACACGAGCAAGGAGAACACGGUGCUGCGCGCGCAGCCCUCGCUGCCGCCCCACCGCGUGGCCGUCAUCCCCAACGCCGUCGACGCCAACAACUUCCUCCCCGACCCCCUCCACUGCCCAAAGCCCCCCGCUGCCCCCGCUGCUACUGGGGAAGCUGCUGCUGCUGCCAGUGCUGGUGUGCGCAACGGGGGGGCAGGAGAGCGAGCAGCGCGGGAGGAUGGAGAAAGGGGUGUGGAGUAUCGGGGGAGCGCCGCGCCAUGCAGGGCUGCAGGCGGUGGCGCAGCAGCAUGUGCAGGUGACGUGGAGGCAGGGGGGGCAGUGGGGCAGAGAGAGGCAGUGGAAGCUGGGGGGAGAGGGGAGGAGUCAGACAGGGAGGGAGGGGCAAGGGAAGGAUCGAGGGGCAGAGAGGGGGGGGAGGCAGGGACAGCAGCAGCAUGCAUAGUAGCGUCCUCAGCACACCCGGCAGCAGCGGAGGUGGCAGGAAGGGUGGGGGCGGCAGGAGCAGGAGGGCACAGCGGCAUGGUAGAGCAGUCAGGGCAGGACGUGGGAGGCAGCACGGAGGGCGGGGUGGAGGCGAGGGGGGAGGGGGGCAUGGCGGCGAGCAUGGGGGGUGGUACGGAGAGGGUGGGGGAAGGGUCGGAGAUGGAGGUGGUGAUAGUGGUGAUCAGCCGCCUCGUGUACCGCAAGGGCGCUGACCUGCUCGUAGAUGUCAUCCCCGCCGUCUGCACCCGCUUCCCCAAGGUGCCUGCGCCUGUGCGCGCUGCUGCUGUCAUGGCGUGGCGUGCGGUGGAUAAUAGGUGGCGACGGCGCGAAGAGGGGGCGGUUGGAGGAGAUGAGGGACCGCCACGGGCUGCACCACCGAGUCACCAUGCUGGGCGCCGUGCCGCACAGCCAAGUGCGCCACGUGCUCGUGCAGGGCCACAUCUUCCUCAACAGGUGCCCGCUCCUCCCUCCCCUCCCUCCCCUCCCUCCCCUCCCUCCCCUCCCUCCCCUCCCUCCCCUCCCUCCCCUCCCUCCCCUCCCUCCCCUCCCUCCCCUCCCUCCCCUCCCUCCCCUCCCUCCCCUCCCUCCCCUCCCUCCCCUCCCUCCCCUUCCCCCUCAUCGCCCCUUACGCUCGCUCGUCCUCAUGCUGUGCUCGCAGCUGCUGAUGACAAGAAGUUGCAUGUCAGCCCCGCGCCCCCCUCGAAAAGCCCACGCCCUCAAUGCACAUCCCAGUUGCACCACAUCGCUUCUGCAUUGUUCUCGUACUUUUCAAUCCAGCACCAAUCUGGUUUUCCUCUCGCUCUUCGUUGUUAUCACUGCUCUUCUCAUCUCGCCGCUGUCACCUAUCACCCACCUCUCUCCUCACAGCCCUCUGCACCGCCCCUAUCUCGCCCUCUGCACCGCCCCUAUCUCGCCCUCUGCAUGUGUGCCUCACUUUGCCCACUCACUUCCCUCUCCUCUCCCCUCAUCUCCACUCUUUUCUCAACCUCCGACCUCCCCCUUGCCCAUCCAUCCCUCUCAAAGCACGCACGCUGCUCAACGCUGCAUGUCGUGCCUCACCCCUCGCCCUUUCGUACCCACCCUGCCCCUCUCACUCCCCACCUGCCCGCCCCAUACCCUCACCCCUCCCCCCCCCCCAGCUCGCUCACGGAGGCCUUCUGCAUCGCCAUCCUCGAGGCUGCCUGCUGCGGCCUCUUCGUUGUCGCCACCCGUGUUGGGGGCGUGCCGGAGGUGCUGCCACCGGACAUGAUGCUGCUGGCGGACCCCAACCCGCCUGACAUCGUGGACGCCAUCGCACACGCCAUUCAGAUCGUGCCACGUGUCAACCCCCAGGCCAUGCACGAGCGGGUGUCGCGCAUGUACAGCUGGCACGACGUGGCGGAGCGCACGGAGCGCGUCUACGACCGCGUCAUGGCCAUGCCACUCGACGACCUGCCCACCCGCCUCUCCAGGUACUACGCGUGUGGGGUGGUGGCGGGCAAGGUGUUCUGCCUCAUCGUGCUGCUCAACUCGCUGCUCGCCGCCCUCCUCGCCCUCCUGCAG